AUGAUGUUAAAGUAUCUGAUCUCUCAAUUAAUCAGUUGGAAACAUAGUGAUAAAUUAGAUAUCCAUCUCCAAGAUCUACAACUAACAAAAGGCAAUGGAAAUCGAAAUAGAAAAGUUACCGCUAAUAAUUCCUCAUCUACUCCAAUUCCUAGUUUAAAUUCUAAUAAUUAUGGUAAUUCUAAUACAAGGAAGAAUUAUACAUCUAAUUCAUCUGGUCCAUGGAAUAAGAAUGGUUUAAAUCAUUAUCCUCAAGUAAUUCAUAAUCAUAAAGUUAGAAAUCGUUCUCUGUCUACUAAGGAUCAAAAUAGAGUAUUUUCCACUAAUGAAUAUAGAUCAGGAUCAGGACCUGAAUAUGAUACUUAUAUCCAGAGAAGUUUUUCAUCCAAUCAUUACAACUACAAUAAUAAGAGAAGGAAUAAAAGUAUUAAUAGGUCCAACAGUUAUAAUCAAAGCAAUUAUAGAAAGGAUCCUUUAAAAGAUGAUAUUACGACUACAACUACCACUACGAAAUUAACUAAAGAAAUUUCAAAUGGUACUUUUAUUUAUGUCCCUGUUGAUACUAAAUAUACUUUAGUACAUAUUCCUCCAGACGUGCCAAUUCCUUCAUCAGCAAUUCCCUUAGGUAUACUUCCAAAAUAUGUAUCAUCGUAUAAUCAUCUCAAUCCUACUAAUAAAGAAAAUAAACAAUUAUCAGCCAUGGAUCAAGUUCGUAAAGAGUUUAAGCAAAAAUUGAUUGAAAGUGCAAAGGUAUUAAUUCAUAAUAAAGAUGAAACUGAUCAUAAAUCUAAAUCGGUUAAAUUUGUUUAUAAUCCCAAAAAGCCAGCUAAUAAGGAAAAUCCCUAUUCAACUACUGGCUUCUUCCCUUUAUCAGUACUUAGAAAUAGAUCAGAUUUGUCAACAACUACAUUAUCUUUAUCGGGUGAGGGAAAUGACUUAUCAGAAACUGAAUCUUAUAGUCAGUCUACUAUUGGAUCAUCUUCAUAUGAUAUUCAAAUUCAGUUACCUAAUAAUUAGCAGCCAUUUUAGUAUAGAGGAGAGAAGAGAAAAAAUUAAUAAAUAUGAG